AUGACGGUCAGCAAGAGCGCCCCCUGGGGGUAUCAAUGGCGCUCCUCGCAGUCGUUCAUCAUCACCACCGCGACGAUCAGUUUGUUUUCUGAAACGUUCCUCUUUGGCUUCAUCGUCCCCAUCCUCCCGUACAUGCUCGAAACGCGACUGCACCUCGACCCUUCCAAGACCCAGACGUUUACGACGACCCUGUUGACAGUCUACGGCGUCGUAUCGCUCCUUUUCGCCCCGAUCUUCGCACACUUUGCGGACAAGACCCCAAGCAGGAAAAUUCCUCUACUAGUUUCUCUCGCAGCAUGCGCAUCAGGCACCAUUCUUGUCGCGUGCGCGCCGACCGUGUGGCUGCUCAUGACCGGACAGAUCCUCCAGUCGCUCGCUAGCUCCUCGGUAUGGAUUGUCGCAUUCGCGACCUUGGCCGACAACGUCGACGAAAGCAACAAAGGAAAAGUCCUUGGGACCGCCAUGUCAUUUGUCGGGACAGGUAUCUUCGCUGGACCAAUGGUCUCCGGUUUCCUCCUCCAGCUGCUUGGAUACUGGCCUGCGUGGUCAGCGGCGCUGUUCCUCCUCACGGUGGACGUUGCCGCCCGGUUGCUCAUGAUUGAGACCAAGCCUGCGACAACGGAGCAGCCACAGCAGACAGACGAAACAAGCGCCCUUCUUUCAGGUGAGGGAUCCGCCACCGAUCCAAAUACCAAGGACAAGGCACCUGCGUCGGGAUUCUACCGCAUCAUGCUUCGCGACCCGCACAUCCUCGCAGGAACCUUCAACACCCUUAUUCUCUCAGUGAUCCUCGCCGCAUUCGACACAACGCUCCCUCUGCACGUCCGCGCCCUAUUCGGCUGGAAGAGCUUACCCGUCGGAAUCAUCUUCUUCGGUCUCCAAGUCCCCAGCAUCGCCCUUGGUCCUGCUAUCGGUCACCUGCGCGAUCGCGUCGGCCUGCGGUGGCCGACUGUCAUCGGAUGCGGAUCCCUGGUGCCACUGAUCUGGCUCAUGGGUGUACCAGGCAAGGACCUCCCCUGGGGCCGGCUUGAACACGGUGGCGAAGCCGUCUACAUUACUGCCGUCGUGGGACUCGGUUUCGCAUUUGCGCUCGUUCGAGGCGCUGGAACAUUCCAGAUCAUGGCCGUCGUCCAUGACCUCGAAGCCAAGAACCCGAAUAUCUUCGGCCCGUAUGGAGGCAACUCUCGACUGUCAAGCCUCAGCGAGCUCCCAUUCAACAUUGGCAUGAUUGCCGGCCCGCUCUUGUCCGGCAGCGUCUCGGAGACUCUUGGGUACUACUGGAUGAAUACUGUUCUCGCUUUCCUCGCCUUGCUUAUGACGAUCUCUGCUUAUUUCUGGAUGACGGCCGCACCGAAAAGCGAGACGGAGGAGACGGUUUGA